GACCAGGGUUACUGUUGAUCGGGUUACCCUCCCGGUUAGUUUGACCCUCCACCGUCUAUCCUUUAUCUCACCGCUCUUCUUCUCCAAUCAUAUUCAAUCGCCGACCCAGCUGAUUCUACAACAUAAGACCGCUUUCUCCACCGUCUUAUCUCAUCUAUUCGUUUUUCCUAUCACCGCCUCCAUCACAUUUGGGCUCAAUGUUGUAACGGUGUUGGAGGGGAGCUGGUGAGAGCGGCGGCAAACCGUACCGCUGAGACCAUCGUCACCCUAUAAGCCGUCGGUCACCACCAUGUCAAGUUUCUCUCUUCAAGCUUCUUCUGAUUCGUCCACCGCCUCAUCCAUACCUUCAAUUUUAUACUUCCUAUUUUGCUCUAGACCUAUCGACCCCAUUCCUUAAUGUGUUUCUUCAUUCAAUUACUAUGUUCUCAGGUUUAUGGUUCGAAUUGAGUUAUAUUGUUGAUUUAGGGUUCGAAGUCUCCUACGAUGCUAGGGCUCCAAUGGGUCGGCCGAUGUUAUGAUCAAUCGAUGAUUGCCUCCAAAAUUUGAGUCACGAUUUCUCAGUCAGUGGCAUAGAUAGGAGCCUGUUAAGGUGAACCUGUGCUCGAUUCGUAUAGCAGAGUAAACUUUGAAGAAGGCCAUCUGGUUUCUCCUUCCUUCAUCUCUGAUUACAUCCAUGGAGUAUGAAGCUUGAUGUGGUUCUGGAGUAUCAAGAGGUGCUGUUUCGAGGUCUAUGGCAGCGAAACCGCAGCUGCCGACGGGGGUGGCUGAUGGAGGUAAUAGUGGCAGUAUCCGGUCAGGUUAGGGUUGGAUUCUAUAUCACUGGAGGUUCACAGCAGCUUGAAGGCUGGAAUGUCUUUAGGUUUGGUUCCACAUCAAGUGUUGAUUCUCAUGAACAACAAAAAAGAAAGCAAAGACAUUUAGAUGCCUAUGCUUUUGGGGCUGAUAAGGUUGCAGCAGACUAUCUUGAAAAGCAUGAUCAUGAUCUUAUAUACACAACUCGAUCUUAUAUAAAGAGCUCAGUCGGUAUACAUAACAGGUCAAGGCGAAUCCCAUCGUUGCUGCAGCUGAUGAUAACCGCCACCACCAUUGCCGCAGCCGCCUACAUCUUGAUUCAACAUCAGCAAAUAGAGAGAACGAAUAAUUUGCCUUCAAUUGCCCUGAAACUAAAAACAUCUGUCAAGCCUACAUGCGAUGAUGAACAACCUCAGACGGUGCACAAAAUGUUUUCUCACUCUUUCUUUAAUUUUAAGCUUUUGCUUAUUAUUGGUUUAAUCUGUGAUAUGAGGAAUGGACAACGGAAGAACCACGGGUGGUUUAAGGUAAAUAGAUGUGGUGGAGAAAUCAGUAAAAGUUACAGGUCUGUGUUGGUUAUAACAAAAUUGAAUGAUUUGAUUUGAGGAAGUUAAAGAGAAAGUAAGAAGAAUUCCCGCACAGACGUGUGAAGAUUUUGUGAAGCCUUUCCAAAUAAAUAUGGAAGAGGAGGACUGUUGCUUCACAAUGAGCGGUUGAGUACUGGAUGUUUACCCAACACCUCUCCACAGAUGUUCAACAGACUAUGAUUUUUGUAGCUUACUACACUAAAGGGGUAAAAUCCAACUUUUGGACUUAUAUACCCUUUUGUUGAAGAGCUAUAACAAAGCCAAACAAAAGAACAACAACUUUCCGAGCGAACUUAAGUCUCACACGAUAAAAUAAAGGUAGCAUUGGAUGCUAAACUUUAAGUCUGCUCAAGCUAAACAAAUGGUCUCUGGUAUUAUGGGCACUUUUUUACUUACUUUGUUAUCCCAUUUAAUGAAUGAUCAUUUGUUAUAUAAAAGACUUAAUAUGUAAACAUGUAAUCCUGUUAACACAAUUAAUGAAUCGACAACAGCAGUGUAAACAUUGAGAUAAUUACACAAAAAAUAUAAUUGAGAACAGCAGU